AUGGACGAUCUAUACGACGAGUUCGGCAACUUCAUUGGCGAGGAGGCUGGCUCCGAGGAAGCGUCAGAACAUGGCGCCAACGCGUCGGACUAUGUCUAUGGAGAUGAUGCAAGCGAAGCACCUGUGCCGACAGGCCAGGAGCUGAUGGAGCUUGACGACGAUGGUCCGUCAAAUGCCAUUAUCCUACACGAAGACAAACAGUAUUACCCUACGGCGCAACAAGUAUAUGGCGAUGAGGUCGAAAUUCUGGUUCGGGAAGAAGACGAGCAAUUGCUCACGGAACCCAUCGUCGCGCCAGUCGAGCAGAAGAAGUUCAACAUCGAAGAAGCCGACCUGCCUCCCGUCUUCUUCGAUCGCAGCUUCAUGACCGAUUUAAUGAACUUUCCGAAACAGACGCGCAACAUUGCCCUGGCUGGCCACCUGCACCACGGAAAGACAGCAUUUAUGGACAUGUUGGUCCUGGAGACGCACGAUAUUACCGACAGACUGGAACGCAGGGUGGGCAAGAACCGAGACGAGCAACUCCGAUACACAGAUGUCCACACUCUCGAGCGCGAACGUGGACUCUCCGUCAAGUCUUCACCCAUGAGCUUGGUGCUGCCAGGCACCAAGGGAAAGUCGCACCUUAUCAACAUCCUCGACACACCGGGACACGUGAACUUUGUCGAUGAAGUGGCAGCCGGCUUGCGACUUGUGGAUGGUGUCUGCCUGGUGGUCGACAUCGUUGAGGGUGUUCAGGUCAACACGGAGAAAAUCAUCAAGCACGCUGUGCUGGAGGACAUUCCUCUCACGUUGAUCGUCAACAAGUUUGAUCGCCUGAUCUUAGAGCUUAAGCUGCCGCCCAAGGAUGCCUAUUUCAAGCUCAAGCACGUCAUCGAGGAGGUCAAUACUGUCAUAGAGAACACAGUCCCCGGCAAAGGCGAGGCAAAGCGUAUCAGCCCCGAGAAGGGCAAUGUCCUUUUCUCUUGCACCGAUAUGGGCUGGUGCUUCACGCUGCAGUCCUUCGCCAAGAUGUAUGCGGACACGUACGGCGGUAUCGACACGGAUGAUUUUGCUAAGAGGCUAUGGGGUGAUGUCUACUUCAACCCAAAGAAGCGUAAUUUCACCAGGAAGCCCGUUGAGGAGGGAGCUCAGCGUUCUUUCGUUAAGUUCGUGUUGGAGCCAAUCUACAAGAUUUACACACACACAAUCAGCGACAGCCCAGAAGAUCUGAAGGAAGUGUUGGGGGGGCUCGGAAUCGCGCUCAAGCCUUCUCAAUACAAGGCAGAUGCCAAGAUUCUGCUGAAGUUGGUCUGCGAACAAUUCUUUGGACCUUCCACUGGAUUUGUUGAUAUGGUCGUCCGACACAUCCCCUCGCCUCUGGAUGGGGCCGAGAAGUGGUUGCAGAAAUACUACACUGGUCCUUUGGACACCAAGCUUGCGGAGAGUAUGAAAACUUGCAACCAAGAUGGCCCGGUUGUGGUGCACAUCACCAAGCUGUUCAACACGACAGACGCAAAAAACUUCAACUCGUUCGGUCGUGUGCUGAGCGGAACUGCCCGGCCUGGUAUGCAGGUACGAGUUCUUGGCGAAGGAUACUCGCUGGAUGACGAGGAAGACAUGGCCAUGGCCACCGUCACGGAUGUCUUCAUCUCUGAGACGAGAUAUAACAUACCGACGGAUGGCGUGCCAGCGGGCAAUUGGGUUCUUCUCGGCGGCGUGGAUAACUCGAUUGUCAAGACUGCUACAAUCGUUCCCCCAAAGCUGGAUGAUGAUGAGGACGUGUUCAUUUUCAAACCUUUGACACACUUCACUGAAUCUGUGCUCAAGGUGGCUGUGGAACCUAUCAACCCUUCAGAGCUACCGAAGAUGUUGGACGGCCUGCGAAAGAUCCAGAAGAGUUACCCACUCAUCGUCACCAAGGUGGAGGAGUCUGGAGAGCAUAUUGUACUUGGUACAGGAGAGCUGUACAUGGACUGCGUCCUCCAUGACCUGAGGCGGCUCUAUGCCGACAUGGAAAUCAAGAUCUCUGAUCCCGUCACUCGCUUCUGCGAGACUGUUGUGGAGCAAUCGGCUACGAAAUGCUACGCCAUCACACCGAACAAGAAGAACCGCAUCACGAUGAUAGCGGAGCAACUUGACAAGGGGAUAUCCGAAGAUAUCGAGUCUGGAAAGGUGAAGAUUCGUGACCCUAUUCGCAAGACAGCAAAGUAUUUCGAAGAAACGUACGGAUGGGACAAACUAGCAGCGAGGAGUAUUUGGGCCUUUGGGCCUGACGACACUGGCCCAAACAUUCUUCAAGACGACACACUUCCCUCUGAGGUCGAUAAGAAGCUCCUGACUGGUGUCAAAGAAACCUUGCGACAAGGAUUCAGCUGGGCAACCAGAGAAGGCCCACUUUGCGAAGAACCUAUUCGCAACACCAAGUUCCGUGUGACGGACGUUGCUCUCGCGCAGGAAGCAAUCUUCCGUGGUGGUGGCCAGAUCAUCCCCACAUCACGCCGCGCCUGUUAUUCUUCCUUCUUGAUGGCAUCACCACGCCUGAUGGAGCCCCAAUACGCUAUUUCUGUGACUGGGCCCGAAGAUUCAGCAACCGAGGUUUAUACCGCCCUUGCUCGUCGUCGCGGCCACGUUCUUUCAGAUGGUCCUAUACCCGGUACCCCGUUGUAUCGUGUGAACGGACUGAUCCCCGUCAUCGACUCGUUCGGCUUCGAAACAGCCCUACGAAUCCAGACGCAGGGGUCUGCAAUGGUCAGCAUGACCUUUGACAGUUGGAGUAUCGUGCCAGGAGACCCUCUUGACAAAUCUGUCGUGGUGAAGCCCCUACAGCCUGCAACUGCUCAGGCCACGGCGCGUGAUUUCGUACUGAAGACGAGGAGGAGAAAGGGCCUCAGCGAGGACGUCAGCGUUGCGACGUUUUUAGAGCCUGAGUUCUACCAGUCACUGAUGGAGAACGGAACGCUGGAGUCUUAG